AUGAAGACAGUGAACUAUGUGUAUGACGAAAUCUCUGAAGACAUGUUCCUGCUUAUCUGUUUAGCAAAAGAAUCUGGUGAGAUUGAGAUCUUCUUAGAGUAUGACUGCACAGAGCACAGUGAGCCUCUUGCGAGUCAGUAUCUCACAAGCAGCAAUCAUGAAAAUCGUCAGGAAGGUGAAAAUGCGACCGUUAAUGAUUUAUCAGAGAGAGAAGAUGAAGAUGAUAAUUCUGAGAGUGAUGAAGGAAUAGACAGGCCAAAGGAAGAUGAAGAACCAGAACAGUCUGAGUAUGAAAUUCAUGAGGAAGAUGUUGGUAAUGGAGAUGAAAUGCAUGAGGAAGAGCCUGGUAAUGAAGAUGAGACAAUGGCUGAAGGAGGUGCAAAUGUUGAUGAUGGAGAAGAUGUUGUUGAAGAUGUUGUUGAAGAUGUUGGUGAUGGUCGUAAUGAUGCAAGGUGUAGGUCUCUUUUUGAGGAAGGAUCAAGUGCAAAACCAGUGAAGGAAGCAUAUGAAAAUUUGGAAGAAAAAGAGGCUGCAGAAAGAGAAGCAGAAGAAAGUGAGGAAGAAUGCGUGAUAGAGGAGGAUGCUGAGUAUCCAGAUACACCAUUAGAGUCAGAUGAGGAGUGGGAUCAGUGGGAUAACCCGAAAGGGAAAAGGAGGGGAAGAUCGCAGUUCCAUGGAGACUUAGAGAAGGAGCCAUACAUUUGGUUAUUUCAGAAAUUUAACAGCGGCUUAGAGUUUAAAGACCAGCUUCUGCGAUACUCAUUGAAGACCCAAUAUGAUGUGAAGAUUGCAAGGUCUAAAGCAAACUGA